AUGCUGAGAGCAGGUAGCGUAGGCUUGAGGCGUGCGGCAAGUGCGAAAUGCGGCGAGUUUGUGGCCCGGGGGCCAUUUCUACCGGGCAGCACUAUUAGGCAAGCAGGGAGAUGCGGGUUUGGCACAACGAGCCACAGCAAGUGGCACAGGGCGGAAUUCAAGCCCCGCAAGUUGAAAAAACUUGAGGCGCAGUACGACAAGCGGGUGAUGACCCCGGAGGAGCUUUUUGCCCAGGCGUCGAACAUAGAUGUGAAGAAUAUAAUGGCAGAGUACGAAAAGCGCAAGAAUGUAAGAGAUGUGGCCCCAAACAAGAAGUGGCUGGCAGACAGGCUGCCGGAAGUGCAGCUGGGGGCAGCUUUCGACUACACGGGCACGCUCAAAAACCAGCAGGCGGUGGAAAAGGUGCUGAGCGAGAAGUUCGGGCCGAUAAGGAAGAAUAUCAAGAUUUACGACAUGUACUACAGCGAACUUGACGUGGGAGAUGUGGUGGAUUUGUCGGGCAGACUCUCGAAAAGCGAGCUCGCGGUGGUGGUGGAACUUCCGAGGGCUGCGAUCGACCCCCGGUACACGCUCAUCACGCAGUUUGGCGGAUUGGUGUACGUUUCAAGGUCGAGGAUGGGGUUUAGAAUCCCGCGAGUUUUCCCGCGGGAGUGGUUCACGGGCUGCAUAAUGGACGAGAUGCCGUUUAUCGCCGGCUGCACGGAUGCCGGCGGCAACGCGCUGGUGCCGGCGGGCCACCCGAAGUGCAAAACCGAGGAGACUGUCGAAAACCUCGACAUUUCGUUCGGUGGAGCCGUUGCCAAGGCCUCGGUUGCCGCCGGAACGUCCAUCCAGUCCUACAUCACGCCGUCCCUUCUUUCCGGCAUCGUUUCCCGGCGGCUCACGCUGAUUAUUUCCAAGACGUGGUUCGCGUUGCCCGAGACAAACUUGAAGAUGGAGGUUUUGCACAACGUUCUGCAGAGUGCCGAGUCCCCGGUCACUUUGAGUUUUGUGCAGCUUCUAACGGCUGUCCUGGGCACAGAUUUGAACUCGAUGGUGUCCGGAUUGAACACCAACAACAACGAAAGUGUCUGCAGAACGUACAAGAAGCUUCACGAGCACUUGACAAACGCAAUUGGCGUUGACAACCAGUUCGACAGCAUCACACUCGGAAGAUCGGCACUCGGGAGGAAGGCACUGGUGCAGCAGGUGUCGACGAUCGCGUUGUACGCGUUGGUGCUCAGUUUGCGCAAGAAUGGGCUUGUUUAUCGCUUCAACUCGGGCCAAAGCCGCCCAACUUUCGUCACUGUGGUCCCGCUCGACCAGAUGGUCCGGCUCAACCGGCUCGUGCACAAAUUCAAGGCGGACGAGAAGCAGUACGGCGUUUUGUGCGGGCAGAUGGAGGCCAGGAUGGCGGAAAACGGACAGGUAGAGGCCAGAAUGGCAGAAAACGGACAGAUGGAGAAUAGGAUGCCAGAAAGGGAGCCAGAAAACGCACAUUCUGCACCGAAACAGCACUCACAGGACUACCAGACGUUUAUCUGGAUGCUGAAGUUGUACAUCUCGUCCUCCUUCAAGGACGACGUGCUGGAAUCGUUCAUCUUGAAGGUGAUCCGGGGUCUGUCCGCGUACAAGGACGUGGAUAUAACCGCAGCAACGGUAUACGAGUUGCUGCUCAGGCUAAACGAGAUUGGGCCCAACGACAACCCAUUCAAGUGGAGUUACAGUGCGGAGAUUCCGCACAGCAGCAUUUCUGCCAAGGCGGACACCGAGCAACGGCUAUAUGACACAAUCGGGGCCGAAAAUGUGGGCCGGUACGUCGAUCUGGACUACGAUAUCGCGGGCAGAAGGAAGAAGUACGAUUCCUCGACUCCCAUCUUCUGCAUUGACUCGGAAGACCCGCUAGAGAUCGACGAUGGCAUCGGGUUGCGGCAAACUGGCGAUCACGAGUAUGUGGUGAGCUCGUUUAUCGCGAAUCCGUCCUCGUUCCUGCGGCCGGACUUCAACAUGGCCAAAAUCGCCUUUGAGAGAGGCCAGACCUUGUAUCUCCCGGAUGUUGGUGAUGCCAAGACGGUAUCCAUGCUUCCGGCCGGGUUUGUGGGUGCUGUGCAGUUGGGAAUGCCGGGCAGAAACACCCGGGUCAUGAGGAUAAGCUUCAAGAUAAACACGCAAACGGGGAAAAUAGGCUAUUUGGGCAGCAGAAGCAUCGAGUUUGGCCAAUCGUCGGCGUUUGUCAAGGUGGACUACGGGCGGGUGAACGAGAUUCUUGCCGGUACGCCGAGGGCAGGGGCCAUUCUCGCUGAUCUGGCCGGCAAAUCGAGCAUCGAGGCCUCGAAAAUCGACCAGGACUUGAAGAUUCUCUCGCAGAUCUCGGAGUUGUUGGCGGAAAUCGCUCGGAAAAACGGCCGUGUGGACAUUUUCGGCUCUUUGGACGUGAGCAGAGGCGUCAAGCGGAUCAGUGCUGGUGAAAACGGGCGGCUAACGGUCGAAUUUAAGCCUGGUUCACAGUCCGGGAAGGCCGAAAGACUCGUCUCGGAGAUUAUGGUGAUGUCGAAUCACGUGGCAGGAAAGAUGCUCGCGGAAAAUCGCAUUCCGGGUCUAUUCCGGACCCAGAACAGGCUCCCGAUGUCAGCCGAGGUGCACAAGCACAUAGAAAGACUCGUUUCGAAGGGAAAAUACGUCACGUACCAGGAUAUGGCCGUUAUCCAGGAGUAUCUGACCAAAUCUGCAACCUGUCCCUUCAGCAGCCGCCAUGAGUCCUUGGCUGUCGAUUCUUAUGCCACAGUAACCUCCCCUUUGAGGCGGUAUGCCGAUAUGGUCAACCAAUGGCAGCUCCAGGCGUUUGUGCAGCACAGAAAGCCGCAUUUCUCGCAAUUUGACAUCGAUAACAUAGCCCUGACGCUUGGGUUCAAGAACGAGAUCAACCGGAGGUUCUCGCGCAAGGUGAGCAACUUCUACAUGUUCAAGAUCCUUGCGCAGACGCCUGGGUCCAAGUUCAAGUGCGUGGUUACUGGAAAGCCGUCCUCCGAUGGGGAAAUCGCAGUCACAAUGUUGGAUUAUGGUGUGAGGUGCAGUCUUCGCACCAGCUGGUAUGCUUUGGGUGGCAAGAGCACGCAGAUAGAGAGGGAGGACAAGGUUGUGAGGAAUUUCGAGAUUGGCGAUGUUAUAGAUGAUGCCGUGGUUAGUAGUAUUGAUUUAAUGAAUGGCCAGUUGGUGUUGGAGAGUGCCAGUUGCUGA